AUGAGCGACCCGGGGAAGGAAAACGCCCCGGUGAGUCUGUCCGACGACGAGUCCAGUGACUCCUACUACAAGUCAAAGUUCAAAUUCAAAAAAAAUUCAAUAGAAAUAAAAAAGAAAAGCCUGUUAAAAAACAAAAUAAAGAAGAAUGACAUCGAACAGAUAAUCAGAAACGACCCCAUCCUCAGCAAUAUCAACAGGACGCUCGAAACUGAGGGGGAGGUCUUUUGCCUCGCUACGAAUAAUGAGAAUUCGAAAGGUGAGCCGAGCUAUACCUCUGAUGGCGUCGCUCAGAAAAGGCAAAACGGGAAGAACGGGCAGAACGCGAAGAAGCCAAAAAACGGCAGCGUCGUCUACUUCAAAGAACCCACGCUCACACACAAACAAAUCAACCUCGAGGACAGCAAAGAUGCGAGAACGGACAAACGAGAACAUCCAAACGGGACAAACGGGACAGAUGACAGUGCUCCACUAAAAAAUAAAUGCGCCCCUACCAGUGGCGGCAUGAAAAAAAGCUCCCUUUCGUCCGGCAAAAAUAAAAACACAAAAAAAAUUACAAGUGGGGUCCUCAACGAUGCGUACAGCGUGGACGGCGCAAAGUCUCCACCAGGGAGUGCUCCAAGGGGUCACAUAGGGAAAACCGUCACAAAGAAUGACGAAACGAAAAAAAAGGAAUUGUCCCCUCUCGCCAUUAUUAAAAAGCACGGUCGACUGGUAAACCAAAUCAACGAAAUACACACCAGCAAUGGGGAAGAAAUAGAACACCUUCGCAACGAAUAUGCCUCGAUCAAAAAUGACCUGCACAAAAUUAUGAGCAUAAUGAACGUGGGCCAGCGGGCCGUUUCUUCUUUGAAGUGA